CACAUUGCGCAAGCGCAGAACCCGUAACAGUUUUGACGUGGCUGGGUUUCCCGAAAAUUUCACCAAAGGAAAACGAAUUUUCAACAGAUCUGCACCUCUAGAUAAUACUAAAACGCAUGAAGGUAGUCUAGGUAAUAGACAUACAGUUAUACAAUGUCCUCGGACUUUGGGAACCCGCUAAGGAAGUUCAAGCUUGUGUUUCUAGGAGAGCAAAGCGUUGGUAAAACCUCGCUUAUCACUAGAUUUAUGUACGACAGUUUCGACAAUACAUAUCAAGCAACAAUUGGCAUAGACUUCUUGUCCAAGACAAUGUACCUUGAGGAUAGAACAGUCAGACUUCAAUUAUGGGAUACUGCCGGGCAGGAGCGAUUCCGCAGCUUAAUACCCAGCUACAUCAGAGAUUCAAGUGUCGCAGUUGUUGUCUAUGAUAUCACAAAUUAUAACUCAUUUCAACAGACUUCUAAAUGGAUAGAUGAUGUACGCACAGAGAGAGGGAAUGAUGUCAUCAUUAUGCUUGUAGGAAAUAAAACAGAUCUGUCUGACAAAAGGCAAGUUACUGCAGAAGAAGGGGAAAGGAAGGCCAAAGAGCUGAAUGUCAUGUUUAUAGAGACUAGCGCCAAGGCUGGCUACAAUGUCAAACAGCUCUUCCGGCGCGUUGCGGCAGCAUUACCUGGUAUGGAAAGUACGACUGAGAAGACGAACAAGGAAGACCUGAUUGAAGUUAAACUUAAGGACACGCCUCAGGAACCCCCCCAACAAACAGGCGGAUGCUUUUGUUAAGGGUGUAGGCGCAUGGUGUAGUAGUCUAGCUAAGCUAAGCUAAUGGAGAGGCAGGCAAUGGCUAGAGCUGUUUGAAAAUUCAAAAAUUUCCUUAUGGAUUUUAACGUUAUUUUAAAAGUCAUAUGCUGUUACAUGUACCAGGCUGCAGAAUUAAGAGAAAGGUGGGGGAGUAUCAUAUAUAGCCAUGCCCUCUUUUUUAUCUGCGCCUAUCAGCCCUUGCCUUAUCUACCCCUGCCUACCCAGCAUCCUGCCCCUAAAGAGUAUGGGUGUAAAGAAGUACUUUGUAUAAAUAUGACACGCCUCUCAGGGAGGGGAUCUGUUUUCGGCUCUGUAUAACACGCACAAUGUGCACUUUAGUUGUGUGUUGCUAUGCAAGGCGUGCAUCUUUGGUACUGCUGAAUCCAUCUCUAUGAUGCUGUAUUUCAGUAGUUAUCUAUCAGCAAACAAUAAAAUAGAACUAUUUGACUUCUGAUAAAAAAAAAAGUUUUCAUAAAUAUGUUAAAACCAACAACAAACACACCAGAUUCCUUGGUAACUAUAUUGCCAAAAUUCAUUUUAACGAAGGGAGAAUAAGUUCACCACCCUUUGCCCCAUGCUGCAGUAUAUAGAUGAGCAAAUACUGACUCUAUUGUUUUAUACUGGCAUGGCCAGUCAAUGUAUAUUUGCUAUUUUGUAUUGAUUUUUCUGUCUAAGAGGUGUGUGUGUGUGUGUGCAUGUUUUAGCUAUAUGUUCCUCAUCUAGAGGUAGGUCGCAUGACAGCUGAUGAUCUUUAUUGGCUUGCAACAUAUGAUUCACAAGUUCUUUCAAACCUCCCAAAAGGCAAAAUACUUUUUCCCUGCCUGUCCCCUAAUUGUUUUUCAUAACCUAAAAAAUAUAUAAUGUUGAUAUAAAAGACCUUGGUACGUGAUUCAGGUUGCAAAUCAAAAGACUCUGGAUCCGACUGGUGUGACAAAUAUUUUUUUUCUGCUGCAAAGAAGCAGUUUCAGCAGCGAAAUUAUUCCGCUUGAAUUGCUGUAAAAUCAAUUCCAUCUUCAAGAAAAAACAGCCCCAUCAAAAUCAUGACAAUCUAUGGAUAAUAAAAUUAUUUUUCAUAUGGUAUUUCAUAUUUACAAUAAAACCGAAACAGCAUUGUCAUUCUAGCCUGCGUUGACAGCCGAACUUAACCCUGGGGUAAAUCCCCACCCCUCCCCCCCCCCCCUCUUGCUUUCCAAGACCAUUCCCUCACAUAGCCAACAAAAACACCUUUCCCCGUCAACAACAUCCAUGUCAUUCAAGUCUGAUCCAGAAUAUUAAAGUCAGUACAGUGCAAACACACUAUUAAGAAACACUAGUUGGAGGAUAAAUCAGUGGUUCAAGUGUUGAGCACAAAUGUAAGAAGACACAAUUUAUUUUUGAAGAACAAUAAAAAAAAGUAAAGCGCC